AGGCCCAAUGGGCCGAUCAGACUAUUUCUAAGAAAAAUAACCUAAAAAGAGUCACCGUCGUCGUCGUCUGUCGACUCUGAAAUCCGCCGCUGCGCUUCCAACGUCGCCGGCAAUCUAAACAUUUUCCGGGAUGGAGGAAGAGAUGUCGAACCGUCGAGUGUCAAAUCGGACUCGUAAGGUCGCUACGAAGAUGGCGGCGGCUCUUACAAGCAAUGACAAUCGAACUCAGGCUGCUAUAGCUCGGCUAGAGGCUUUAGAGAAUGAUAAUGGUGCUAUUGAAGUGGUAGAUAUGAACGAUGAUGACGAAGCUUCUCUCGAUGAAGACGAUGAUCUCGGUUAUGUACAGAAGAAGCAACACAAAGGAUCAAAGCGUAAAACUCGACAAGCGAAAGCUUUAGAAGCUCGUAGAGCUCCUAAAUCCUUCCUUGAGCUGUUGCAGGAGGCAAAUUUGGAAUCUUUACCUGCGCAUGUACCGACUUACUUGAAAGCAGCUGUUGGACCUCCGAGUUCGUCUUCUCGUCGUCAUUUCUGCUCGGUUUGUGGUUACAUUGCAGGCUACAAUUGUUGUUUAUGUGGGAUGAGGUUUUGUUCUAUUCGUUGUCAAAACAUUCACAAGGAUACUCGUUGUCAGAAAUUUGUUGCGUAGGAAAGAGUGAAAACAUAUGUAACAUAUUUUUCUAAAUGUAUUUGAAACAUCAAUCAAUCUCCAUGUUCCUGUCAUGAAUUUGUUUUCAAAAUGAAAAUAGCUAAGGAAAGCAGCUAUCUUUC